UGUAUUAGCCCUCCUUGUCAUCUUUAAUUGUUAGCAGUCUUCCACAUAAGCAAAUAAUGCUUCACUUUUCUUCCAAUGUCCUCCUGAGGUAGUGAUCUCUUAGAGUUCCAGUCAGUUAAUCUACAAUGAUUUUUCAAUGCACUUCUACUUAGUUACCUAGAGCUUAUCCCAAUUUUUCAGGCAUGUUAUCGAUUUUUCUCAUAUGGAAGCUCGUCCUUAGAAACUUUACCCAUAAGCCCUGUGCAUGUGGACAACACCAAGACCCACUCUCCUGAUAACACAUAUAUGAUUAAAAUCUCAUUUAUAUUAUAAAUGAAUGUAAAAUCAUUGAAACUGAAUGCCAGGAAAGUGUCAUCAAUUUCCAUUUCUAUUGGACAACUUUGCCCAUUUGUUUUCUUCUCCAUUGGUGUCUUCAUCCUGUCAAACUCUAACUUACACUGACUUUUCCAUAAUUUCAUAGGCAUUUCUACCGUAAUAUGCUAGAAUCACAGAGUCAUAGAAUCAUUGAGUCAUACUGCUAGGAAUCAAGCACUUUGGCCCACAGUAUCCAUGCCAACCAUAAAACACUCUGCCUAUUUAAAUCCUCAUUCUCAACUCUAGUAUGCUCUUUACCUUGUACAUUGAUUUCAAAAUCCAAACCCCUGGGUUUAUAUCUUUCCAAGGUCGCACCUUGGCUGUACUUCCAGCAAUUCUGCUUCUCAGCUCAAAUACACUGAUAGAACAUCUGGCCUCCAGUUCAUCCCAUUUUCUCCAAUAGAAGCAACUCUUCCAGUGACUUGGGGCUGCAGUCCAAUAUUCUCUUGUUAAGCACUUCUCUUCUAAUGCAUUAAAUUUAUUUUCCUAAUUCAGUUAUUCUUAUCGUUCUGACUUAAUUUAGAGCUUCCCAAUCUCCUACUCUCUGAAAGUUUUUUUGGAGUGUAUGUCUAUUAUGCAAGUGUGUACUUAUGUCCUCCUGUAUUUUGUGUGUGUGAGUAAUUGUAUCUGUGCCUAUGUUUGUCUAUAUUUAAGUGUGAAUCUGUGUCUGCACUGGGCUGGCCAGGCUGUGCAUGGCUACCUCUAUGUGACUGUAUGUUUCAAUCUGUGAAUGGCUGACAAUGUAUCUGGCUAUCUGCUUGUCUAAGGCUUUCCCAAGCUUGAAUCAAUCUGUUUUAAUUGCGUAUAUAGUCCUUUUUAUAGCAAAAAUACCAAAAUCUACCAGGCUCUUAACAAUUCAAAGCCAACACCUUAAAAGAAUGUAUGCAAUUCUAGAAAAAGCCAGAUUUAUCUACUGUUCAAAGGGAAUUCCAGUUUAUUGAGCUAUAUAGGGAGCACUUUCAUAGGCAAUGUAUACACGUUAUUUAUAAGGGGACGCGUGGGUUCACUGCUUGUCUCCAAGCUAAUGAAAUAUUGGAUUUAAAAUCAGCUGCAUGUAAAGAUUUUCCUUUAAGGGAGGGGUUGGUUGCAAGGGUAGGGACUUAUUAGGAAAAUGAUGAUGAUUUUAAAGUGUUUGGUUGAUGAAACAAUUGAAUUCCCCCUCCCGUCAAUGAAUCUGUCAAUCAAAAGGCGGUGCCCUUUGAUGCUGAGGAGCCGUCGCCUUGGUCCUAAACACAAACUGCUUCAGAUCUUUCUUUUCUCCCUACUGUCUUACUUUCACUGAGAUUUCUUCCUCGCUUUCUUUUCCUCCCGCUCCAACUGCCUGCAACUUUGCACAGCACUCCCCAGGCCGGCUGGCUGCGACAAGCGGCGCAAGUCCCGGGCAGUAACUUUGUACAGUGGAAAGUGAAGGAGUGGAGGAGAGGUGGGGUGGGGGGAGGGGGGGAAAGAGGAGCAAACAUCCCGAGGAAAAUGCCGCAGCUGAACAGCGGCGGAGAGGAUGAUCUGGGGGCGAACGAUGAAAUGAUCUCUUUUAAAGACGAAGAGGAGAAAAUCUCCGAGAACGCUCUCACCGAGAGGGACUUGGCAGACGUGAAGUCAUCGCUAGUCAACGAGUCGGAGAUUAACCAGAACGCGAAUCCUGCAUCCGAUCCAGAGGCGAUCAUACGUUCUUCGGACAGUCAAAGAAUUUACCAAGAUAAAUCCAAAGAACACAUCAAUGACGUUAUAAAGCAGCGUCAAGAUGGAGGUAUGUUCAAAGGGACAGCCUACUCGGGGUAUCCCCACUUUCUGAUGCUCCAGGAUCCCUACCUGGCCAAUGGAUCCAUCUCUCCCUCUUCUAACAAGGUUCCUGUGGUGCAGCCAUCCCAUGCAGUCCAUCCCCUCACGCCCCUCAUCUCCUACAGCAAUGAGCACUUUGCCCCCAACUCCCAUUCGCCGCACCUAUCAAACGAAAUCAACCAGAAAACAGGUUUGCAUAGAUCUCCUCAGGGUGCAGAUCUAGCGGCUUUCUACUCUAUGUCUCCUGGAAGUGUAGGACAGAUCACGCCUACGAUGGGCUGGCAAGGUCAAUCUGUCUAUCCAAUUACAUCAUGUGGAUUUAGACAAUCUUACACCUCCGGGCUUCCAGCCAGUACUUCCAUAUCCAGGUUCCCCCAUCCUUUGGUGCUGGGCCCCCCAGGCAUGCACUCAACAGGGAUCCCCCAUCCUGCUAUUGUGAGCACUUCCAGCAAACCGGACAUGAGUCAGUACGACAAUGGCCUCAGAUGUGUGAAACCUAAUCCUGAACCAAAAAGGGAAAAAGAGAGUAAAAAGCCAACCAUUAAAAAGCCCCUCAAUGCAUUUAUGCUCUACAUGAAAGAAAUGAGGGCAAAGGUCGUAGCCGAGUGUACUCUGAAAGAGAGCGCUGCCAUCAAUCAAAUUUUGGGUAGAAGAUGGCAUGCUCUUUCCCGUGAAGAACAGGCAAAGUACUAUGAACUGGCAAGGAAAGAGAGACAACUGCACAUGCAGCUUUACCCAGGCUGGUCUGCCAGGGAUAACUAUGGUAAAAAGAAAAGGAGAAAAAGAGACAAGCAGCAAGAUUCUGAUCCAGAUCCAAGCUCUCCUAAGAAAUGCCGGGCACGCUUUGGCCUUGACCAACGGACAGACUGGUGUGGCCCUUGCAGGAAGAAAAAGAAAUGCAUUCGGUACAUGCAAGGAGAAGCCAGGUGCACCAGCCCAGUUUCUUCAGAUGGAAGUCUGAUGGACAGUCCCUCCUCUCCUCCCAGAGCACUGCAGCCUUCAGAAGAAACUUCCGCCAAGCUUGUUAAUUCUACAGACUUAGCACAACAGACGCAGCCAAACCCAACCCCUUACUGUCAUCAAUCCCAGCUUACUACAGAUCUCACAGGACUCUCUAUACCCUCUACAUCGGAUUCUCAACAAUAUUGUAGUACUUUAAUGAACAUCCCCCGUCAGCAUACAAUGCCAAGAUAAUGGCCGACUUGUACUGCAAUCACUGACUAACAAGUAUUACCCUAAUGCAUAAAAAUGGAGAUUCCACAGUGUCUUUGGCCAGGCCCAACCAGUCUAGUGCACAUUCAAAGAACAAGUGUUCCCAACUUGUCCUUGAACUUCAGCAUGCUCUCAGGACACAAAACAAAAUCUGAUUCAACUCUUUCAAGACUUAUCAAUGUUUAGCAUUGAAUGACUCAUUGUCAUUUCAAGUGUUCCCACCAGUGUUUGUUUUGAUUAUACUACAUGGUGGAAUUCAACAAUUCAAAUAUACAGUCAGUUUUCUUGUGAUCAUCCAUCUGUAUACAAUCUGAGUGUACCAAUAUGCCAGUGUAUGUUCCUCAUUCACAUAAUUAUAAUUUGGAAUAAGUUGUUUCCUCCUCAACUUUAAGUAAUCGAGGCUGUUCUGAAUUGGAAUUUAUAAGUUUAUUCUGAUUUUGGAUAUUUUACAAACAAAAUAUCCAAAAUCAGAAAUAGGAUUACAACUUAUUGGAUUACAAACACAACCUGUUUAUUGUUAGAAUAGCAAAGUUUAACUACGUAUCAUCAUGCAAAUGCAAUGACUGAUAAGCUGUAAUGUUUAACUUGAUUUGGGAACAUUUUCCCUUUAUAAAAAGGGCCUAUUAUUUGAUAACCUUUAUGAAAGGAUGAACAUUGAAUGUGACACCUCCAGAUACUUAAGUUGGUUAGCUUUUUACCACAUACACCAACUAUCCUCAACACAUGCUUGUGAUAUGCCUGUUUCUUUGAGAAAAUAUCACCUUUGAUCAAGGCAACAGAUAACAACAUGCUCUAGAUAUUACAGCGGAAGAGACUAUCUCAUUUUUUCUCCUCCAUCUUGGUAAGGCAGGGUUUGAGGUAUACAAAUGCAAAUAUACAUAUUGAUACUAAUGGAUUUAUUUAAUAUUCAUUGCACUUUAAUGUGUGGUGUUGAAAAUUUGAUGCGGUGUUUGGAUCCACAUAUUAACAUUAGUGUCCAUAGUGCAAUUGAGUCACAUAGGGGACAGAUAACAAUUAACAGCUUUUCAAGCGCAACACUGCCAUAGCAAAAUAUCCACCUUUCAAACGGGAAGCAAUUGGAAUUGCUCUAUUAUAGUUAUGUAGCAAACGUGAAAAAUCCAUAAGGAAUGGAGGUAGGAUCUUGGAAUAAGAGGGAGAAUAGGAAGAAGAAUCACAAUCACACUUUCAGACAAGCCUGUUGCAUGUCCCUGAUAAUUCAGGCACAGUUCUUGGAAGUACACCCUCAUAUUCCACCAUUCUGCAGUAGGUGACGUUCACACAUUCAGGCGUACGAGGUACAGUAUGUCUUAUUUUCAAGUGCAAAUAUUUUGAAAAGUAGCAUAAUCAUUUGCACUCCAUACUGGUUUACAUGGUAUUCGAAGCAGCUCAGUGUUUGUUCUCCCUCAGACCUCUCUCCUCCAAACACGUUUGCUAAUGAGAAGGAUUACAAAUGCACUGACUACCAGUUCACUUUAGGCUGAAAUGAUCAGGAGAUUAUCUUACCAGCAGUGGGAACCGUGCUAAAUCUCUCUGGGGGGUGGCGGGGGGCGGCAACUAAUCUGCACAUUUGUGACUAAUGAGUCCAAAGGAAUCUCUUAUUUAGAAAAUCUCCCUGAUGUCACCAGCCAUGAGAUCCACACCAGUUCUGGUCACAGGGCCAAGAAUAAAUCAAACUAAAUGUCACCAACUUCAAACAAGACUGCGUGAUGAAGUUCUAAUGGAACUAAUAGUGUGGACAGAGGCCUAUAUCAUUAUCGUCGUAUUACUAUCGGGAUGAGAUGUCAACAGAAACCAAUGUGUUGAAAAACUCCCCUCUCAGAGCCAUGAGAUCCCACAAGGACUGAAUCUGGGGAAGUCUCCUUCUGUUAGUAAAACUCCAGAUUUGACAGGUUCAGAAUUUAAACUAAGUUUAAAUCAAAAAGCCAUAAGAUAGACUACUCCAAAUUUUGGAAAUGUCCGCUACCUCACAAGGACUGCGUCUUGAAGUAGGGCAAAGACAUAUUAUUGGAUGGAUAAAGCUUCAUCCUUUAUCCUCUAUCUGACACAAGGUGUGGACAGUAUAGUAAAAAAUUCCAUUUUUCAGUAUUGAUCUCCUGCACCUAGAGAGUAUAAAAACAAAGUAAUGACUUAAUUCCUCAAUCACAGUGGAACAUAUAAUCAAUUGAUGUACUAUCUGUGGCAGCUGCUAGAUCUCAUUUAAUGUAGCAGGUUUUAUGCAAGAGCUACAGAUUUGGAUCCAAACCCAACAUUUGUGCAUCUCCUUCCUCCUCUCCUUCCAUAUGUUGGCAUUUCUGUGUCACUAGUUUGAAGAGAAAAAUGAAUCAAUAAAUAUAUUUUUGUCUGAGGUACAGCAGCUGAAAACAUUUAUUUUAAAUGGUAAUAUUUGCUUUCUAUGUGUAUUACAUUGGUUGAAGGGUUUUUCAUUGCUAUUAUAAGUCUGCUAUCAGGCAGUAACAAAAUUAGCAUUUAUACUGUCAAACAGAUAAAUGAGGUCAAUAUUUGACUUGGAUGUUACCUUUAUGAACCCCUGAAAUGGUCAAUCACUUAGUUUUAUGGUUAUUACUUAAUUUUCUUGCCUAUUUGUAUAAAAAAUUGAGAGAGAAAAAAAACAAAAAAAUAUAAAUAUAAGACUUGAUGCUUCUGCUUUUUUGUGUGUGUAUUUCAGGCUGAUGUAAUAUUUUUAUGAGUUAUAUUUUUAGGGAAUUAAAAUGAAAAGUAGAAAUAGACAGGGUUUUAUAAUAGCUAUAUUAUUUAGUAUUUUCCACUAAGUUUCAUCUUCCAUGACAAGAAAUCAAAAAAAAGGUCUUCUGUUCCUUCUUCCUUCACACAAGACAUGUUUGCAUUUUUGUAAAAAAACAGCUUUCAAAGAUACUGCUGUCUCAUACCCUGCAACAAUUACAGUCCCAGCAAAGAGCCAUUAACAUAUAGGCAACACACAUGUUGAUAGAAAACCAAAAAUUUUAAGUAAAUGGAAGGGAUCAAAUUAUUAAAAACUUGUACUAUUUGUUGAAGUAAAAUAAAAGAGGUAUUUUGAUUGAA